CACACACACACACACACACCAACCCCUCCGGGGAAGUAGCUAGUCAGCGUGUGUGUGUGUGUGUUUUCCCCCCCUCACAACCGCCUGUGCGCCGUUUUUAAGGUCCUUUAGUCAGUCAUGUGAUUGUAACGUAACCCGACCGGAAAACACCGACAACCAUCGCCGCCAAUGCUGCGUCUGAGAGGAACAGAGCAGCUGCGCCGCCGCGACCAACGGACCGAGAGUCCCCGGUAGCACACACACACACACAUACAGCAACGCCGCCCGACUCCGCGCGCGCACACCGAGGAAAGGUGGAAGUAUGGAGCUGGCCAACCAUGGUCUUAUCCUCCUGCAGCAGCUCAACGCACAGAGGGAGUUCGGCUUCCUGUGUGACUGCACAGUCGCCAUCGGUGACGUCUUCUUCAAAGCACACAAGGCCGUGCUGGCCGCCUUCUCCAACUACUUCAGAAUGUUAUUUAUUCACCAGGACAGCGACUGUGUUCGUUUAAAGCCCGCAGACAUCCAGCCCGAUAUCUUCAGCUACCUCCUCAACCUGAUGUACACUGGCAAACUGGCCCCGCAGCUGAUCGACCCGGCCCGGCUAGAGCAGGGCGUGAAGUUCCUGCACGCCUACCCCCUCAUCCAGGAGGCUAGCCUAAACAGCCAGUCCGCCUUCUCUCAUCCCGAGCCCAGCAUCCGGCUUAACACCUCUCUCUACGGCAUCCAGAUAUCAGGCCAGCAGGGGGCGCAGUCCGGCCGUCCCUCCAACAGGAGGCAGUCCUCACCCGUUGACUCGGAUAGCGCAGGCGUCCUCGAUGGGAAAGGUUCCAGUGCAAACGCGUCUCUGUCGUCUGGAUCCAGACUGCAGCCAGAAAUGGAGGUUGAGGCAAUGGUGAUGAGCAGUAGCCAGUUUGGGAGAGAAGGCUCAGAGGCAGACGUGUCGUCCGGUGAUAGCGUGUCUGCCUUAACAAGCGGGAACCCCAACACCAUCCUGCAUGUGAAGCCGAGCAUCAUGAAACGAAGCUCCUCGUUCCGGAAGCAUUACACCUGCCACAUCUGCGGCAGUCGCUUCAACCAGCGAGCGGCUCUGAGGGAACACCUUCUCUGGCACGCCCAGGCUAUUGCGCCUCUAAUGCUUGAGUCUGGAGGUGCGACUUCUCCCAUACUUCCCGGAGGAGCUGCCACGCCCGAGGUGGAGGAAGUUCUCACCGGCGUCGGAGCAUCUGCAGCCACUCCCAUCAUGGUGGACGUUGAUGUUGAGCAGCCUCUGUCUGGAUCUAAAGUCUCUCCACGGGGUGAGACGGCCAUCUCGGUUCCUUCAGCAGCAGCAGCAGCAGCAGCUACAUCGUGCGCAGCUCAGCCGCAAGCGGACACGCCUCCUCCGUCCGACAUCGCCGACAUCGACAAUCUAGAAGGCGUGGCCGACAUCGAGCGAGAGGUGAAGAGACGGAAGUAUGAGUGCCCCACCUGCGGACGCAAGUUCAUCCAGAAGAGCCACUGGCGCGAGCACAUGUACAUCCACACGGGAAAGCCGUAUCGCUGCAGUGCCUGCGGGAAGAGCUUCUGCCGAGCCAAUCAGGCGGCGAGACACGUCUGCAUGAGCCAAGGGGCGGAGUCGGCGUACACCAUGGUAGACAGGCAGAGCAUGGAGCUGUGCGCGGCGGACGACUCCAGCCAGAUGGAGGCCCUGUUCCUGGGCUCCUCAGGAAGACCGUACAAGUGUAACGUAUGCGAAAUGACCUUCACCAACCCGAACGAAGUCAUCAAGCACAUGUGCUUUAACCAGGGCGCGGUCUCGGAGGGAAGCAUCUCAGGAACGGCAGGGAGUGGAGCGAACACUGAAAAAGCGGCCAAAGAUGAGGGUUCUGAUGUGUCUAGCGGUGGAUCUUUAGUGACGGCCAUUAAAACAGAGGAGGUCUUGGUAGAUUAAUAAGACAUCCAUCCUAUAUACAUGUACGUUAUUUUUUUUUCCCUUUCGUUCAUAAAUAUUACAUUUGUUUGCUGUAGAGCGUUUAUUCUGAUGUACAGCUUACGCUAUCAAUGUAGAUCAGGAAAUGACUUGUGCAUGUUGUAGGAACCUUUUGUUUUUCCACACAAGCAGGGAAUCAAGACGAGUUUAUUACAACGUGAAGCUCUUUUUUUUUUUUUUUUUUUUUUCUUUCUUGUUCAGUGGGUAAUUCAGGUCAUUCGCAUGUUGCACAUAGUGGUUUAAGCCUUUCCUCUUUGUAACCGUCAACAGGAAGAGGAAGUGGAGAAUUGCAAUAACCCCACCUAUGGUGAGAAUGUUCUCCUCACCGUGUUCUCCUCACUGAUUCUCAUAUCCUCGUAUGAUCCGAAAACAGCACAAACGUUUUAUGACAUUUAAAGCAAUAGCCAGCAGUAUGUAACCAUCACUAUAUUCCACUCAUUGUUGUUAUUAUUAUUAUUAUUAUUAUUAUUAUUAUUAUUUCUACCGGCCAAAGAGUGUUAGAGCAGUUUAUUUCCUCUUCACUGAUAAACCGAAUUUUUUAUUAUUUUUUUCCUAGUACAGAAGUGACCUACUCGUACCUCAGCUUGGAUGAAUUUGUGUAAGAGUGACUUGUUUCAGUUACUCUAUCAUAAUAAAGUUAUGCGAUUCAAAAUCCAGUAGCUACAAUCUCAUCUAAGAGCUCACGUGACAAGCUAGAGCAGUUAUUCGAAUUAAAAUUCGUCAUAUUUAAUUUUUUUGAAAUUAAAAACAAUGAUUUGUGCCAACACAAUUCAACAGUUUAAAAUUAACAUUUUGUUUAAUAUUAAUUUUUAAAAGAUUUAAAUUGAUCUGGAACCAUUAUCACUAAAUGUUUACAGAUAUGCCAUCUUCUUUCAUUUUUAAUUUUCUUUCUAUUUUUUAUUUUUAAUUUAUCUGUUGACCUGUUACUUAAUGUAUGUUUUUGUUUUGAAGACAAAGACAGUCUGGGUGAACCUACACGUGUAUCAGUAUCUCAGUUUGAAGGGAGAUUUUGCUGUUUUGCUGUUUGUUUAUUUGCAGAAAAAUGUUUUUAAAAGCCCUUAUUUUUGAGUUUGUUUUUUGAGAUUUUUUUUUUUUCUUUUUCAAAUUUUAUACACAGUACUAUAUUUACAAAGAAUAUUUUAUAUUAAAAAUGUUGUAUAUUGCAUAAAGUGCAUUGAGCGUAGAAUAUAAUCAGUUUUUAGUGUAGCACGAGUGUAUGUACAUUUGUUUGUUUCUGCAUAUCCGGUCUUAUAUUAAUAUUUUAAUUAGAUUUUUUUUUUUUUUUAAAGAAUUUUCAUUAUCUGCUGUUGCUUAUUGUUUGCUCCUUGUUCGGCUGUCCAUGCACUGAAAUUUAGGGACCUGACUACUUUUGGUGAAAUUUUCCUGGAAAGCGUGAUGAUGCACUGGGGGUGCAGUGGUUAUGUAUGUAUGGUUAUAAACAGGCAUUGGACAUUCAUAAUAAUGUCGUUUUAUAUUUGCAACAAGUCAAAUGUACCGAAAAAGAAAUGAGCAGCUCUACAAAUAAGGAAGUCAUUAUUAUUAUUAUUAUUAUUUUUUAUUUUAUAGAUUGCUUCAGGAACAAGAAAAUGGGACCGUUGUUUUAAAAAGUGUUAUUUCCUCGACAGAGCAGUGUAAUUUUCUUCUUGUUUUUUUUUUUUUUUUUUUUUUUUUUUUUUUUUGUGAAGUAUCUGUAUGAGGGCAUUUUGUGAAUUGAAUUACUACUGAUUGGUUGAAGACUGGGAUUUUAUGACGUGCUCCUCUUUUCUCCUAACGUUCCUUUAUUAUCGACUCCUGGUGGUUGUGCAUGUACAGAAAUGACAAAUGAUAUGCCAUGCUUUGUUUUGUGUGUGUUUUUUUUUUUUUUUUUUUGUACUGUUACGUAUCUCUUCAUAUGCAAUUUGCUAAUGUAUUUUGUUCAGAGUUUAUUUUUGAGGCAGUUACAGGGAGGGGGUGAAGGAUCUCACCCUGUCCCCCAAAAUGCACAAACUCCAAAGCGAACGCAAACAUACAGUAUACUGUGAUCUGCAGCUCCUCAGGAAAUGAACAACUGCCUCGGAAUAAAUGUGAUUUGUGAUUGUCUAUAAUGAACAAUAAAACUUUUUUUUUUUUUUU